UCACUAAUAUGGCUAUUGUCAGCAUCCUUCUCAUCUUUGCUGGUCUCACAGGUAUUCACAGUAUAAGUACAGUCAGUAAGGUAACGGUGGAAGAAGGAGGUUCCAUCACUAUCCCAUGUUUCUACGAGUUAAUGUACACAGACCAUGUGAAAUAUCUGUGUAAAGGACGUAGGUGGCGAUCAUGCUCAUAUGAAAUUAAAACAGAUUGGAAAAAUUCAACAAAGUAUUCGAUCUCUGACAACAAAAACCAAAGACUGGUUACGUUCAUUAUUAAUGAUUUGAAAACAGAAGACACAGAUUAUCAUUACUGGUGUGUCAUGGAGAUAGACAAUGGACUUGAUGAUAAAAAACGUUUUAAGGUUCGUGUCACUGGAAAAGGCGAUGCCACGCUCUAUGUGGAUUCUCAGAAGGUGACAGGGUUUAUCAGAGACCAAAUAACCAUCGACUGUCACUAUAGAGGAUCUAAACCAAUAAAGUGGUGCAGGACUGGUGGUGAAGGACCCAGAUCCUGUAUCGAAAACUCUGGGUGGAUAGAAGAGACAAAGGUGACUAUUAAUAGAAAUACCACUGGUGUUAUUACUGUGACUAUGAGUGAACUGAGGGAGAGGAGCAGUGGUUGGUAUUGGUGCACUGAUGAAGACCUGCAGAUGCCGGUGCAUGUAACCAUUAAAGAGAGACCUACCACCACAACAAUUGCAAUAACAACAACAGCAACAACAAGAACCAGACAGUCAACGACCAUAUCGUCCAUGUCCAAACCUGUCAAUCACACAAAUGUGAGUCAAGAACCGACCACAGAACAAACUGGAACACACAGCAGCUCAUCCAAUCAUCUGCUGAGUUUCAUCAUUCCUUUGUGUUUGCUGCUGCUGAUUGUAACGGUGGCCGUACUCACCUGGUUCAUGUUGAAAAGACGCAAGUCACCAGCCACAGCUGAGGAUGAACAGACAGUAACGUACAGUACUGUGACGCAUGUGAGAAAAAACACAGCCCAGCAGAUAAAUACUGAAGAUGAAGCAGACGUCAUGUACAGCACUGUUUUUUACAUUGCACAACAAAAUACACACCAGGUUGAAGACAAAGAUGAGAAUGUGACCUACAGCACAGUGUCACACUUCUUUCUUCAACCAACCCGUGAAGCACUGACACAAGAAGGAAGAAAGAUAGAAGUUGUAUCGAGAAAAAUCAGGAAGUACAUAAUCAGUCUUGUGAAGCGGCCUCAUUGGUUUUACUACUGUACUUUCUUCAUCGCAUUUAUGGCUAUUUUUGUCAGCAUCUUCCUCAUCCUCACUGGUCUCACAGGUAUUCACAGUAUAAGUACAGUCAGUCAGGUAACGGUGGAAGAAGGAGGUUCCAUCUCUAUCCCAUGUUUCUAUGAGUCAGAGUACACAGACCAUGUGAAAUAUCUGUGUAAAGGACAUACCUGGGAGAGCUGCACAUAUGAAGUUAAAACAAAUGAGAAAAGUUCAACAAAGUAUUCGAUCUCUGACAACAAAAACCAAAGAAUGGUUACGUUCAUUAUUAAUGAUUUGAAGACAAAGGACACAAAUUAUUACUGGUGCAACAUGGAGAUAAAACAGGGACCUGAUGAUGGAAAAUAUUUUCAUGUUCGUGUCACUGGAAAAGGCGAUGCCACGCUCUAUGUGGAUUCUCAGAAGGUGACAGGGUUUAUUGGAGACCAAAUAACCAUCGACUGUCACUAUAGAGGAUCUAAACAAAUAAAGUGGUGCAGGACUGGUGUUAAAGGACCCACAUCCUGUAUCAAAGACUCUGGGAAAAUAGAUGAGACAAUGGUGACUAUUAUGAGAAAUACCCCUGGUGUUAUUACUGUGACUAUGAGUGAACUGAGGGAGAGGAGCAGUGGUUGGUAUUGGUGCACUGAUGAAGACCUGCAGAUGCCGGUGCAUGUAACCAUUAAAGAGAGACCUACCACCAAACCGACCACAGAACAAACUGGAACACACAGCAGCUCAUCCAAUCAUCUACUGAGUUUCAUCAUUCCUUUGUGUUUGCUGCUGCUGAUUGUAACGGUGGCCGUACUCACCUGGUUCAUGUUGAAAAGACGCAAGUCACCAGCCACAGCUGAGGAUGAACAGACAGUAACGUACAGUACUGUGACGCAUGUGAGAAAAAACACAGCCCAGCAGAUAAAUACUGAAGAUGAAGCAGACGUCAUGUACAGCACUGUGUUUUGCAUUGCACAACAAAAUACACACCAGGUUGAAGACAAAGAUGAGAAUGUGACCUACAGCACAGUGGUUCGUCACUACCUACUGCUCUCCAAAUGUACCUAUGAGGAUAUUUCAUCACACUUCUUUCUUCAACCAACCUGUGAAGCACUGACACAAGAAGGAAGAAAGAUAGAAGUUGUAUCGAGAAAAAUCAGGAAGUACAUAAUCAGUCUUGUGAAGCGGCCUCAUUGGUUUUACUACUGUACUUUCUUCCUCACAUUAAUGGCUAUUUUUGUCAGCAUCUUCCUCAUCCUCACUGGUCUCACAGGUAUUCACAGUAUAAGUACAGUCAGUCAGGUAACGGUGGAAGAAGGAGGUUCCAUCUCUAUCCCAUGUUUCUACGAGUCAGAGUACACAGACCAUGUGAAAUAUCUGUGUAAAGGACAUACCUGGGAUAUCUGCUCAUAUGAAAUUAAAACAAAUGAGAAAAGUUCAACAAACAUCUUCCUCAUCCUCCCUGGUCUCACAGGUAUUCACAGUAUAAGUACAGUCAGUUAUGUAACGGUGGAAGAAGGAGGUUCCAUCUCUAUCCCAUGUUUCUACGAGUCAGAGUACACAGACCAUGUGAAAUAUCUGUGUAAAGGACAUACCUGGGAGAGCUGCACAUAUGAAGUUAAAACAAAUGAGAAAAGUUCAACAAAGUAUUCGGUCUCUGACAACAAAAACCAAAGAAUGGUUACGUUCAUUAUUAAUGAUUUGAAGACAAAGGACACAAAUUAUUACUGGUGCAACAUGGAGAUAAACGAGGGACCUGAUGAUGGAAAACAUUUUCAUGUUCGUGUCACUGGAAAAGGCGAUGCCACGCUCUAUGUGGAUUCUCAGAAGACUCUGGAAAAAUAG